AUGGCUGAAGCACAUUCAGCUGUUGCAUUCUCAUUCUCAAUCACCCAUGAAGGAUGGGACAUCAAUUACGAUCGUGAAGUCUUGGAUCUUGUCUGGCAGUCAGGUGUCCGUUCGUGGAAGAAACGAUUGGCUCGAUUCCGGACUGGAGUACGCAACGGUGUUUAUCCGGCUCAUCUACAAAGCUUGUGGUUGGUGAUAGCGAUCGCGAUAGGACUUCAUUUUACACAACGACACGUUCCAUUCGAUCUGGUGGCCAAAUGGUUAUCAAUUUUACCUGGCAAUUCACUCCAAUGGCAGUUGACGGCAUGCUCAUUAGCCGGGUUGGUAGUAUGGCUAUCGAUUUGCUACACAAUGCGCUAUUCAUUAAAACUGUUGCUGAUGUACAAAGGGUGGAUGUAUGAAAAACGAGCUCCUGGUAGCAGAGUUUCCUUACAGACAAGACUGUGGGGAUUGUUUGUGAAAGUUCUUGCCACCUGGAACAAGCCAGGAUUGUACAGCUUUCAAGGAUCGCUCCCGAGGCUACCGUUGCCAAGCGUGCAAGAUACAAUGUCCCGUUACCUUCGCUCCGUUCGCCCACUGUUGGAUGAUUCCAACUACAACCGCAUGGAACGGCUUGCAAAAGAAUUCCAGCUUGGCAUCUCGACAAAAUUGCAACGAUAUCUGUUCCUUAAGAGCUGGUGGUCCACUAACUACGUAUCCGAUUGGUGGGAAGAGUACGUCUAUCUGCGAGGCCGUGGAGCACUGAUGGUAAACAGCAACUUUUACGGUAUCGAUGCCAUUUUCAUGCACCCGACCAAGGUACAGAGUGCACGUGCCGCCAGUGUGGUAAACUUGUUGCUACAGUUCCGCCGUACGGUUGAACGUCAGGAACUAGAGCCGAUUCUAGUGCAAGGUUUGGUGCCUCUGUGUUCAUGGCAGUACGAGCGUAUCUUCAACACCGUACGUGCACCCGGAAUAGAGAGUGAUAAGAUCAUUCACUAUCAAGACUCGAACCACAUCGUCGUACUGUACCGCAGCUGUUAUUACAAAGUUAUCAUCUAUCAUAAUGGUCGAAUUUUGCGCCCGUGUGAGUUGCAAAUUCAGAUCGAACACAUCUUGCAGCAGGGUGCGGAAAAACCACAACCGGGCGAAGAGUUGUUGGCUUCGCUGACGGCCGGAGAUCGCACAAAAUGGGCCCAGAUUAGGCAAACGGUGUUUGCAAAGGGAGUGAACCGCACGUCACUGCAUACCGUCGAAAGUGCUGCGUUCGUGCUGUCGCUUGAUGAAAAACCUUUCGAAUUUGAUUUAGCUCAUCCGGAAAAGUUGGAUCAGUUCGGACGGUAUUUGUUGCACGGCAAUGGACACGAUCGUUGGUUCGACAAGAGCUUUACCGUGUGUGUUGGUAGUAACGGAAGGAUUGGAUUUAAUGCGGAACAUACUUGGGCUGAUGCACCUGUUAUGGCACAUGUUUGGGAAUAUAUUGUCGCUGAAGAGGCAACCACUAAACGAUAUGAUGAAAAUGGUAACACUGCUGGCAUUCCUGAGUUCGAACCACCGACUCCCAAACGUUUGACGUGGGACCUGAACGAUAGAGUAGCGCUGGACGCUAUUGAUGAGGCGCACAUUUCUGCCCAAAAGUUGUUGAAUGAUGUGGAUUUGCGGAUUCUGGUACAUGAUGCGUACGGUAAGGGACUGAUGAAGACUUGCCGCCUUUCCCCGGACGCCUUCAUCCAAAUGGCGCUCCAGCUGGCGUACUAUCGUGAUGCUGGAAAGUUCUCCCUGACGUACGAAGCAUCUAUGACUCGGCUAUUCCGCGAAGGUCGUACGGAAACCGUUCGUCCGUGCACGAUUGAAUCGGCCGCGUGGGUCAAAGCAAUGCUUGAUAAGGAUGUUGCGGUUCAGGAACGUGUUCGUCUGUUGAAUGCGGCCUGUGAAAGACACCAGCUGGGCUACCAGGACGCAAUGUGUGGCAAAGGAAUCGAUCGACACCUUUUCUGUCUGUAUGUCGUUUCCAAGUAUCUGGAGAUCGACUCGCCCUUCCUGCAGGAAGUGUUGAGUGAGCCUUGGAGAUUAUCCACUAGUCAAACGCCACACGGGCAAACGUCCAAAAUGGACCUGAAGAAGCAUCCAAAUUGCAUCAGCGCUGGUGGCGGGUUUGGCCCCGUUGCCGACGAUGGGUAUGGUGUGUCGUAUAUCGUGGCCGGUGAGGACCUCAUCUUCUUCCACAUAUCGUCUAAAAAAUCAUGUGGAACAACGAGCUCAGAAAGAUUCGCGCAAGAAAUUUGUCGCGCCUUGGCUGAUAUGAAGCAUCUUUUUGAGGAAUAUCGUAGUUUACAGAAGAAAACCACCUCGUCCGGUGUCAAAUCGGACAAAUCAGAGGCCAAAUAA